AUGGGGAGCGUCUGGAAGCGGCUGCAGCGCGCGGGGAAGCGAGCGGCCAAGGUUCGCUUCGAGGCCACCCUGGAGGAGCUGCUGGUGGAGGGGGGGGGGCAGCUGGUGAGUGACCCCCCCCAACCCCCCCAUACCCCCCCGGACACCCCCAAAUCCCCCCGGAACCCCCCCGACCUCCCGGGACCCCCCCAAAGUCCGACCCCCGACCGCCUGACCGUGGUGUGGAGCCGGCGGCACCGCAGGGUCUGCUCCAAGCCCCGCAGGUGGCAGCCGGGCAUCCAGGACCCGCGGCGGGGGAUGGUGGUGUGGGUGGUGCCCGAGACCCUCGAGGUGGUCGUGACCCUGUACCGGGACCCCCAGGCUGCCGCCUUCGAUGACAAAACCUGGAACUUCCUCGUGGUCAACGAGUCCCGGGGCCGGCGCUCGGUGGUGGCCGCGGCCCCGCUGGAGCUGGGGCGCCUGGCGGGGGUCGGGGACACCCCCCUGUCCCUGUCCCUGCGCCCCCGGACCCGCAAGGUGACAACGGCCACGCUGAGGCUGCGGCUGCGCGGGCUCGUCCUGAUGGAGGGACACCCCACGGACGAGGACAUGCAGAGCGUCACCAGCCUGAGCCCCCCCGGGGACGUGGCCGACCUGGGGGACUUCGAGAGUGACCCCGAGGAUGGGGGGGCGCACAGGGCGGGGGGCGCCCCCCCCGUGUCCCGAGCGCCCCCCCCCAGAGGGGACCCCCCCAAUUGGGGGACACAGAGGGACCCCCCAGAGCCGGGGGGGGACCCAGAGACCCCGCCCGAAAUGACUGCGGACCCCCCCGGGGGUCGCGGGGCGCUCCUGGCCUGGUGCCGGGGGGUCACGGCCGGGUACCGGGGGUCUCCGAUCACCGAUUUCGGGGGCUCCUGGAGCAGUGGGUUGGGGUUCUGCGCCCUCCUGCACCGCCUGAGACCCCGAGAGAUUGAUUUCCACGCUCUGGACCCCCGGGACCACCGGGCCAACAACAAACGGGCCUUCGAUGCCUUCGCGGCCCUGGGGGUCCCGCGGCUCCUGGACCCCUCGGACAUGGAGACCCCCGACAGCCUGGGGGUCAUGACCUUCCUCAGCCAGGUCCGGGCGCUCCUGGGGACCCCCCCGGGGACCCCCCCGGACCCCCGGAGCGGCUCCAUCGAGGGGGGGAGACCCCCGGAGUCACCGAGUGACGUCACCGAGGGGGGGCCCCAAAGGACCCUCCUGGAGACCCCCCUGGACUCUCAGAGGGGGACCCCAAACGACCCCCCCGGGGGACCCCCCCGGACUCUCGGAGUGACGUCACAGAGGGGGGGCCCCAAAGGACGCCCUCGGGGACGCCCCCGCCCCCCCAGAGCGGCUCCAUUGAGGAGGAGCCCCCAGAGACCCCCCGGGACCCCCAGACCCCCCCAGAGACCCCAACCAGGCCCCCCCCAGAACCCCAAAUCAGCGUCACUGAGGGGGGGCCCCAAGAGGCCCCCCCAGAGCCCCCCCAGACGGACACUGAGCAGGGGGAGACCCCCCCAGAACCCCCCCAGCGCGGCCCCACCGAGGGGGGAGCGCCCCCAGACCCCCCAAUGGAGGGGGAGCCCCCCCAGGACCCCCCCCCUGCCAGAGCCGAGGGGGGGCCCCCGCCCAGCCCCCGCCGGGACCCCCCAAACUGAGACUCUGCAGGAGGGGGGGAGCCCCCCCCGGGACCCCCAGCUCGGCCCCGUUGAGGGGGAGCCCCCCCAGGACCCCCCCCCAGCAUUUGGGGAGGGGGCGCCUGUGCCGGAGUCCCUCCCCCGCCCCCCCCGGCCCGCGGGGGUGGGGAGGGGUCUCCCCACGCCCCCCCCCCGCUCCAGGAGCUUCCCCCGCCUGCGGGACCCCCCCCCAAAGGGUGACGUCGGGACCCCCCCCGCCCCUCCCCCCUCCGGUGAGCCCAGGGGGGAGUCGGGGUCACCCCCGUGUCCCCCCCCAGAGACCCCCAGGGAGCCCCCGGAGACCCCCGAGGAGGAGAGCGGGGGACAGUGGGUGGCAGCCGAGCUGCUGGCCCUGGAGCAGGAGCAGGCCCGGUUGGACUCUCAGGCCCCGGCGCUGGAGCGGGAACUGCGGGAGCUGAUGGACAGCGGCGCGGACCCCGCCCGCGAGGAGCGGCUGCUCCGGGCCUGGUUCUCGCUGGUGCAGCAGCGGAAUUUGCUGGUGCGGCGCCAGGACCAGCUGCAGCUGCUGGCGCAGGAGCGGGACCUGGAGCGGCGCUUUGAGCUGCUGAGCCGGGAGCUGCGGGGGCUGCUGGGGACAGAGGAGUGGCAGAAGCCGCCGGCGCAGCGCGAGCGCGAGCAGCUCUUACUGGAGGAACUGGUGGCACUGGUGAACCGGCGGGACCGGCUCGUGCAGGACCGGCACCGCCGCGAGAGCAGGGCGCUGGAGGAGGAUGAGGAGCUGCGGCGGAGCCUCGAGCCCCGGCGGCGCCGCUUCGGCCGCAGGGAAACGUGCGGGAUCUGCUGAGGGACCCCCCCGGGAACCCCCAAAAUCCCCGGGACCCCAACAUCCGCCGGGACCCCCCCUUCCUCCCCCGGGACCCCCCAGAUCCGGGUGGAUGCGGCAAUAAAGGAGAAUUUCUGUGUGAAAUCC